AUGUCUAGCCGGACGCGCCCGCCUUGGCUGAAGAAGCUGAAGCGGAUCAUUGGACGGCGCCUCCGCUCUGGAAUCCUCAGCGCUGAGGCCGCGCGCCAACUCUGCGACGAGGUGCUCCCUUCAAUCCAAAGGCGUUCCCCACCACCGGCCGUUUCGGCAGCGGCGGACGUGUGGAGGGCCGACCGCCGCCCUUCCUGGGAGCUGGAGCAAUUCAUCGGAGAGUGUUACCGCUCGGGGGACCUCGGCCCCGAGGAUGCACUCGAUCUGUUCGACGAAUUGCUUCCUCAAGCGAGGCCCGGCUCCAUUUACACCCUCACCCAGCUCCUCACCACCGUCGCUCGUGCCCCGGUCUCCUCCACCGUGCGUGACGGCCCUGCACUCGCCGUGUCCAUGUUCAACCGCAUGGCCCGAGCGGGCGCCAAGAAGGUGGCUCCAACCACAGCUACCGACGGCAUCCUCAUCAGCUGCUGUUGCGAUGCAGGCUGCUUGAACCUCGGCUUCGCCGCAUUGGGCCAAAUCAUUAAGACGGGACUGAGGGCAAAUCCCGUCAUCUUCACGCCCCUGCUCAGGACCCUCUGCGCAGAGAAGAGGACGGGUGAUGCAGUGAAUAUUGUGGUCAGACGGAUGCCUGAGCUUGGCUGCACCCCUGAUGUCUUCUCCUACACCACACUUCUCAAAGGGCUAUCUGAUGAGAAGAAAUGUGAAGAGGCUGUCGAGCUGAUCCACAUGAUGGCUGAGGAUGGAAAUGACUGCCCACCUAAUGCGGUGUCUUAUACCACCGUAAUCCAUGGCUUCUUUAAAGAGAAUGAGGUGGAGAAAGCUUACACCCUGUUUCGCGAAAUGCUUGAUCAUGGGAUCCCGCCAGAUGUUGUGACUUGCCGCUCAAUCAUUGAUGGCCUAUGCAAGGUUCAUGCAAUGGACAAGGCCGAGGAGGUCCUGCAGCAGAUGAUUGACGAACAUAUUAUGCCUAAUUGCACUACAUAUAGCAGUCUGAUCCAUGGAUACCUCUCUUCAGGACAGUGGAAAGAGGCAGUCAGAAUUCUCAAACAAAUGUCCAGAUAUGGGCAACGGCCAGAUGUUGUUACUUACAAUAUGCUGAUAGACUGUCUUUGCAAAUCUGUAGGGCAUGCAGAAGCUAGAGAGAUUUUUAAUUCUAUGAUUCAGAGCAGUGAAAAACCCAAUGUUACCACCUAUAGAAGUCUGCUUCAUGGGUAUGCUACCGAAGGCAAUCUUGUGGAAAUGAACAAUAUCAAGGAUCUGAUGGUACAAAAUGGAAUGCGACCUGACCGUCGUGUCUUCAACAUACAGAUGUAUGCAUACUGUAAAUGUGGAAUGCUAGAUGAUGCAAUCCUUACAUUUAACCAAAUGCAGCAGCUCGGAUUGAUGCCAGACAUAGUCAGCUAUGGGACGAUAAUAGAUGGGCUUUGCAAGAUUGGUCGGCUGGACGAUGCAAUGUCCCAAUUUUCUCAGAUGAUUGAUGAUGGAUUGUCUCCCAAUAUCAUAACAUUUAGAACCCUAAUUCAUGGUUUUUCUAUGUACGGCAAAUGGGAGAAGGCUGAGGAACUAUUUUAUGAAAUGAUGGAUAGAGGCAAUCCUCCUGAUGUCAAUGUGUUCAGUGCAAUGAUAGACAAGCUAUUCAAAGAAGGAAAGGUUACGGAGGCCCAAAAACUCUUUGAUUUGAUGCCACGUGCAGGAGCUAAACCUGAUGUUGUUUCCUAUAAUACAAUGAUUCAUGGAUAUUUCAUUGCUGGUGAAGUGGGCAAAGUGAUCAAGCUCCUUGAUGAUAUGCUCUUGAUUGGCUUGAAACCCACUGCUGUUACCUUUAAUACUUUACUUGAUGGCAUGGUCUCUAUGGGAUUGAAACCUGAUGUUGUUACCUGUAAGACUUUGAUUGAUAGCUGCUGUGAAGAUGACAGGAUAGAGGAUAUAUUAACUCUGUUCAGAGAAAUGUUGAGCAAGGCUGAUAAGACUGACACUAUCACAGAAAAUAUAAAACUGUGA